GGUACUGUCCCUGUCGCCCCCCCCUCCCCGGCCUUGGAGAAUCCUGACAGACCUGGCUGUACAUUGGGGCCCUUUUCCGUAGUGCGGAUGGCAGUUUACCAUGCUCGACCCAGCCAACUCGAAAUUAUUCUUCUUUUCAUUGGGCCUGUCAGCUACUCCAUCCCGACAUCUCUCUACUGCAUCCAUCCCAAAUAUGGAAGCGGCUCUUAUUCGCUCUUGAAGCUUAACAGCAUCUUUUGGGUAUGCCUUCCAUGCAUACCGUUUUCUGAAGAGUUUAAUCAUUUUAUACAAACUCAUCACUACUUGGUCAUCAAGUCAUCCACACGCAACUUGGUCAUAGCCCACCAAAACCCUUUAGGUUUAGGCCUCAUCAGAGCUGAUUCAAACCGUCAAAAGACUAAGACACCUAACCUUACCCCAGACGGACUGAUCGUCAUUUGUUUGUUACAAAAAAGGCACGGUGCGUGGUUCGGUGAGCUGAGUGUGUGACUUCGGGUACGCUUUUCCAAAGCCUGUGUCAAUCCGGGCCUAGUCUUCGGAAUGGGUACGCUCCUUGGGUGCAAGUGUGCGUGAGAGCCAAGCCACGAGUUGAUGAGUACGGCGUAGUCAAACCGUCACUCUUCCGACCUAACUCUCUAUAAGACGAGUUCAUCGGGCCGACCG